AUGUCAUCGGGAGCAGGUUGUUACACGGCGCUGGUAUCAGCCAUUGCUUUCGCAGAUGGGUGCUCUGCAAGGGAAGUGCGAGCCCCUGCCUGCGCCCAACGCUCAAGCGUUAGCCCGCACGUUACUAGGGCUGCCCUUCUUCCUGGGAAUUACGUCGCAGCAGCGCCAGAGGAUGGGUGCGGCAUUGGUGCGGCCGUGAGUGCCGAUUUACCGCAGCCAGGCGGCGUUGCACAUGGCACGGGAAAGCGGCUGGCCAUAAUGCAGCCGUACCUGUUUCCGUACCUAGGAUAUUUCCAAUUGCUGCAUGCCGUGGACGAAUAUGUUGUCUAUGACGAUGUGAAUUUCAUCAAGGGUGGCUGGAUCAAUCGAAACAACAUUUUGAUGGACGGAGCGCGGAUGCUGUUCAGCAUUUCCUUGGUGCAUGCCAGUCCAAACCGGCUCAUCAAUGAAAUUGAGAUUAAAGAUGAUUUUUCAAAAUUCUUGAAGAUGAUAGAGAACGUGUAUGCUCGCGCGCCUUGCAAAAAGCCUGUCAUGGAAUUGCUGCAGCGGAUUUGCUCCAAUGGCGACAAGAAUCUUGCGCGAUUCAGCAUGUCGAGUCUGGAGGAAGUGGCAGGGUAUAUUGGUAUUGAUACGCCAAUGAUCCUCUCGUCGCAAUUGAAGAAAAAAGAUGAUCUGCGUGGGCAAAACAAGGUACUACAUAUUUGCGAACUGCAAGGUGCGAAUUGCUAUAUCAAUUCCAUUGGGGGACAGGCGCUGUAUGACCGCUCUGCAUUCGAAUUGCGCAAUAUCUCACUGCGCUUUCUUGAGACUAGAGAAGUUACGUAUAAACAGUUUGGUCGGCCAUUUGUUUCGAACUUAUCCAUGAUCGAUGUGUUGAUGUUCAAUGAGCCGCCAGCGAUCAUGAAAAUGCUAGGUGAAUACGAAUUGCUGUGA